GCCAGUACACGCAGCGGGAAGUGGCGAGUCGUCAUCUGCAGCACGACAUCCUUGAGGCGGAUGUCCCCCAGCCCCGCCAGCGCAUCGGCAGCAAUAACGAGGGGCCAUACUGCCAGCAUGACCGUCCCAUAAACUUUGCGCCGAAUUCACUGACAGAGGUGCCAGCCGAUGCUCGAUCGCCCAUGCGGAUCUUGUCGUCGUCCAUCAGCGUCGGGCUGUCGUGCAGUUGGACAGUGGGAUGAGUGGCGUCGGAAUCGCCGUGAGGAUGAGCCACCUCCAGAGAGCCAUCGGGCGCAUAGCACGACAUGAAAGACUCCCCCUCAGCUCGCCCUCCAACGAGUGGCCUGAACUUGACGUACCAGCCCGCCAUUUCCGUCAGCUUGGCAUCGCCGUCGCGGAUAGCAUCAACUGGCAGGGUGGUGCCUGUGUGAGAGAUGUAGGGAGGGGGAAGACCCACCACCUCGACAGCGAAGCCCAUACAUGUGACAGAUCCCCGCUGGUUGCCGGCAAAGGGCCGCACCGUCGCCGUAGAACAAGAUGAGAAUUCGUCGGACUCGAAAGCGGCCGCUGAGAUACACAGCGCAAUAACAGACCGACCACAGACAUACAGGGACCCCCGCCUGCUGUCUUUCUUACCAUGUGCGGCCGGCAGUGACGGUGAGCCCGUCGCAUUCGUGAGGAAGCCGGCCAGCUCGUGACGCGACAUGUCAAUUGUGUUAUACGAGAUGGCGUCUGCCAGGCUGGCCACCAGGCUUACGGCCGCCUUGAUGCCGUCAUCCUCGGGCUUGCCCCUCUCGCGUCGCCGCCAUUGAUCACCGAUGACGUCACACUUCCUGCGGACGGACUGGCGCAGCGCCGCGCAGAUGUCGGGGUGGCAGUGGAUGAAUCGGGCCAGGAAGGGGUAGCGAGCGAAGCUGUCCAGCAAGUUGCUGGCCAGCUGAUGGUCAUCUAGCCAGUCCUCAAGAACAACCUGAAAGAAGUCAAAGCGCACCAACGGUGACUCCGUCACCGAGACCUCUCUCAUGCCGAUUGCUCACCUUGCGAUGGAUGCGCCACAGGAGGCUCUGAGUGCUGCCUUUGGUAAAGAUCUGGUCGACGUCGAACUGGAGGUAGUCCAGGGCCACCAUCGCGUCGACCAAGUUGUCCUUGGUCAGCGAUUUGACGAUGUCGACCUCCUGCUGCAGCACCACCUCACCGAUGGGCCGGCUGAUCUUCUCGAUGCACACCUGACGCUCCUGGCCCUCCUGAAACUCGCCGUCCAUCACCUGCACACACACACACAGACAGACACAUGGUGUGCAUGUCACGUGUCUGUCAUCUCUGCCGUGUGUGUACCUGAUUGAAGUAUUUAAAAAGCCGUAUGACGCCCUCCUUGACGACGAGCGGCCUUGCGAGCGGCGCAUCGCCCUCCCCAUCGCCAGCGAACCGCACACUCACAGACGGCUCCAUAACACCGCUCAUCGCAGCAGGACGACGACAGCAGACACCGAGGAUGCGACGGCAGCACCUUCGACGAGAGUAGAGUAGACCGUGCGAGAGAUGCACCGGCAGGACACAGCUCCUCAAUCCUUCUCUUUUCCAAAAAAAAAGGCGAUGGUCAAACGUCAGAUGGCCUUCCUGGUGUCUAUUCCUGCUGGUCUUGCUCCUCGACGACUCGAUUCUUCGAUUGAAUCGCGGAAUCGCGAAUGAC